CUUUAGUUUAAGAAUUCUCCCCCCUUUUAUUUUUUUCCUAAAUGACAGAUCAAAGUGAUCAAGAUGGGUUUACUACAGUAGAACGUUUUAAAUAUAAGAAAGUGUCAAAGAAGAAGAGAAAUAAGUAUACCUUUAAAGAUCCUGAUGACUACACAAUUGAUGAUCUUGAAGCAAAGUUAAAGGAAAGAAGAGAGUUUUUAGAAAAUAGUAGAUUUUAUAAAGAAUUAUUAGACAUAUUUAAGGAACACCUCUUGAGCUGCAAGUUUAAUGAUAUUGUUUGUUAUGGCAUUGGAUCUAUGCAGAAAUCAAAGAAUGCUCAAUACCAAUUUAUACUUGCUUUGAUUUUGAGAGACUUACUCAAUAUACCUGGAAAAAUGUACAUCUUUGAUCCAGUCAUGACAGAAUUAGACAAGGAAUUAUGUGCCAUUUAUAAAUUAGACAUCAUUCAGGAAAAUGAACAAGGAAAAAGAGCUGUGGAGCAAUCGACACUGUUCUAUAUGCCACAUUGUGGUAGAGGAUUAUAUAGCAACACCCUCAGUGCCAAUUGGACAGCACGACAACUUCCAUUAAUUACCAUUAUUGGCAACAGAUUUGAUAUGUAUGUUGGAAGUCAAUUAGAAAAGGACUUGAUCAGAGAGUGUCCCUUCCUUAUCCCUGCUACUGAUAUCCUCAAGAUGGUUGCUUUCCCAAAAGAGUUUGAUAACAAUCAGAUAUUUAAUGACCUCUCAAUACAGACCUUCCCAAAAGAAACCGUGAGGAAAAUAGAUGAUUCAUUUUGGUUAAAUGUAAUAAAAGAUAGCUAGCGGGUUCCCCUCUGUGCACCUGCUACAGCCAAUCUAUCUGCCUUUUCAUUACCUUCUUCCCCAGAGUGACCAGGCACGUAGACCACAUCAACAGGUGCCUUUCUAUGAUCAAUUAUGUCUACAAUCUUUUCGAGCAGAUCUCUAUUCUCCACAGGGGUGCCUUUUGAUGAUUUCCAGUCAUUCUUCUUCCAAUUCUUGGACCAUUGAUUCACCGCUUUGAUCACAUAUUGAGAAUCAGUUCUGAUCUCCAAGGGCUCAUUGGCUGCAC